AUGACGACAGAAUCUCAGUCCCAACAACUGAAUGUGAUUUUUCUUCCAUAUCCGGCUCCUGGACAUAUGAACCCCAUGGUAGACACAGCAAGACUAUUUGCCAAGCAUGGUGUUAGUGUUACCAUUAUCACUACUCCUGCUAAUGCUUCAACAUUCCAAAAGGCCAUAGAUAGUGAUUUCAGCAGUGGAUACUGCAUCAGAACACAUGUGAUCCAAUUCCCAACAUCCCAAGUUGGUCUCCCUGACGGGGUUGAAAAUGUCAAAGACAUCACUUCAAGAGAAAUGUUGGACAAAAUCAGUGUUGGAAUUUCCAUGCUCCAAGAUCAAAUUGAGCUUCUGUUUCAAGAAAUGCAACCGGAUUGUCUUGUAACUGACAUGCUUUAUCCUUGGACAGUGGAGUCAGCAGCAAAACUAGGCAUUCCAAGGAUUUACUUCUACAGCUCAAGCUACUUCACAAGAUGUGCUAGCCAUUUUAUUCAGCAGCAUAAGCCUCAUGAAAGGUUGUUUUCUGAUAACCAGAGGUUUUCAGUUCCUGGCCUUCCACAUAACAUCGAGAUGACCACUCUGCAGCUGGAAGAAUGGGUGAGAACUAAGAAUGACUUCACAGAUCAUUUGAAUGCAAUAUAUGAAUCAGAGAGCAGAAGCUUCGGAACAUUGUACAACAGUUUUCAUGAACUUGAAGGUGAUUAUGAGCAACUUUAUGAGAGCACAAAGGGGGUCAAGUGUUGGAGUGUAGGACCAGUUUCAGCCUGUCUUAACAAGGGUGAUGAAGAAAAGGCCAAUAGGGGACACAGGGAGGAGCUUUUACAAGAGUCAGAAUGGCUAAACUGGCUUAACUCUAAGCAAAAUGAGUCUGUACUUUAUAUAAGUUUUGGAAGCCUAAUUAGGCUCCCUCAUUCUCAGCUUCUUGAAAUCGCUCUUGGACUUCAAAAUUCUGGUCAUGUUUUCAUUUGGGUUAUUCGGAAAAGGAAUCGGGAUGGAGACAGUUCUCUGCAAGAUUUUGAGCAAAAGAUGAAAGAAAGCAAGAAGGGUUGUAUCAUAUGGAACUGGGCGCCACAGUUGCUGAUAUUGGACCACCCUGCCAUAGGAGGGAUUGUGACUCACUGUGGUUGGAACUCCAUUCUUGAAAGCCUGAGUGCCGGUUUACCAAUGGUCACUUGGCCUGUGUUUGCAGACCAAUUUUACAAUGAGAAGUUGGUAGUUGAUGUCUUGAAAAUUGGAGUCCCAGUGGGAUCAAAAGAGAACAAGUUUUGGAUGAGUAUUGGUGUGGAUGCAGCUGUGAGAAGAGAAGACAUUGCUAAGGCUGUGAUUCUAUUGAUGGGAAGCAAAGAGAGCAGAGAAAUGAGGAGGAGAGCAAGAAAACUUGGUGAAGCUUCCAAGAAGACUAUAGAGGAGGGUGGAUCCUCUUACAACAACUUGGUGCAGUUGUUAGAUAAGCUGAAAUCAUUGAAGAUGUCAAGAGCACUUAAUAGAACAAAUUAG